CACAGCGACUAAAACACAUCAGCUGUUUCUAAUCGCAGAGCAGCAGGUGUUGAAAGCGACAGUAACACAGAGGAGAGUCCCAUUUAACUGCAAAUAUCGCAUUAAAACUGGGAUAAAUCGAAAUAGAUUUUACGACAAUGGUCCUUAUCGGCUUCAAGACUGAUCAUGUCUGAAACCGAGUAAAAGUGGAAAUAUUCCUUCUUCAAAUCAGCUGAGCCUGUUCCUGCUGCUUUUCCUCGACUUUAUGAGCCACAGGGUUGAAGGAAUCUGCAGUGUGGAGCAUUGCACUGACCGCACCAGAUGUGUUCUGUCUAAAGACCAGAGAAGCUGCAAGUGUGCCAUCGGGUUUUACGAUGACCGAUGUGACAAAAAUGCACACAUUAAAGUGAUGUGCAGCAAAGACUACAUAGCAAUCAGAGCGAUAGAGGACUUUUUCAAGUAUCACAACGUGCUGCUGGAGUCCCUCCACUUGCCCAACAAAUCUUGUCGCGCUCAGAGGACGGUCAUCAAAGGAGUACCGUACUACAUGUCCAGGAUAUCCAGAGACCAAUACCUCAGCUGUGGAGGCAAACCGCUGGAGAAAAAUGUUACCCACAUCUCAUACUCCCUGAGUCUAAUGUCCGACCCUCAGGUUUCUGGAAACAUCAUCAGAGAUCCAGUGAUUAAGAUGGACUUCACAUGCAUCUAUCCGUACGUCAGAAGAGUCAGUCUGUCUUUUCCUGUUAUCCCCUUUUCAAGCGAGAUGGUGAUGCGAGUGGACGAACUUGAUGCCACCAUACAGAUGAUGUUGUACAAAGACCACACUUACACCAAAGCCUACACCAGCGCUCCCACCAUCGAACUCAGAGAUAAGGUGUUCGUAGAGGUGACGGUGACGGAGCCUGCGGAUUUCUUCCUGCUUCGGGUUAAUGAGUGUUGGGCCACACAGUUUGCUGAGCCACAUACCAAAGAGGGAUCAGUUCACAAUCUGAUUGUGGACGGGUGUGUGAGCGACCAAACUGUUUCCUUCCUCAAUGCGACCGACGGACAGUCUGGACACAAUGGAGAAAGUUCCACCGUCCGCUACAGCUUCGACAUGUUUCGCUUCACGGCAUCGCCUCAUGACCUUUAUCUCCACUGCACCGUGCAGCUGUGUGAGCCGGACGACCACAAGUCCUGCGCAGUUAACUGUAAUUCAAUCAGUAAGAGGGAAGCAAUGAGAGCAGAUCCCAGCCAAGGCCUCCUGUCAUAUGGACCCAUCAGGAUCGAAAUGCCAAACAGACCUCAAUCCAGCAUACUGACGACGGUGGUGCUGCCUGUAGCAGGUGUCUGGACUGUGGGCUUCUUCCUCAUCAUCCUCAUCACUGUGGCAAAGGCAGGCAGCAGGAGGCUAGCACAGAUGGAGGAGCACUGACGACAACGCCGCUGCUGUCGGUGGCAAAAAUAAACGUUAAAAAUCA